CUGACAUUGUGACUCCGCCCACCGCCCGCUGUCAUGCCCUUAACAGCAGAAUGUGGCAUGAUUCUCCCAAAUAAUCAUCAUCGCUAACUGUACCGGAGGGAAAAGUGUACUGAUGGCAGCUUUUUCACACCAUCUUUCCAGUUGAUCUAGUUUUUUCCUGCUCUGGUCCCAGUUAAGGGAGUUCAACAGAUCCUGGAGCUGCUUUUUGCAGGCUGAACUAAGCGCUACUUUAUUCAGCCUCCCUCUCGUCAAACUGUUGAUCUUUCUGCCUUGUGGACACGCUUUCUGGAGCACCAGCUAUAAUCACAGGAAAAAACAACAGGGAUAUAUUUCUGUUGAGCACAAGGAGCCGUUUUAUCUGCACCAUGUAAUCUGAAGUCCGGGAAGAGUCACGAGCGGAGGUUCCAGCCGGCUGGCUGCCGGGCGUGUGCUGCUGCUCCCGUGUGGAACUCAAGCAGAUGGACCGUGGUCAGAGGACAGCCAGAGGGUCAGAACCAUGGACACGAUGGUAGGCAGGAUGAUCAGGAGGAACAACCAGAAGCUGAUGUCGGGGACGAGGUCCGAGGUCCAAGGUCAGAGCCAGAUAGUCUGAUCCUGCAGACACCAGUGUGUUUACACACCUCCUGUUCACUACUCCUCACUCAGAAAUGGAUUUGGGAAGCUAAUCCGACGUUGCUUCUUGUUCCUGUUCUAAUGGUGCUGUGCAUCAGUGUGGCUGUCGGUGAGGGAUCUUCAGUAGACACAAAAUGCCAGUAUGCCUAUCACUCAGGACAAUGCCCUCAGCAUCAUCCUGCUGCUGGAGGACUGGCAUAGGGCUCAGAUGGUGAGCUCUAACAAAAGUGAGACCAUAAAGAAAGAGAGUUUUGAAUAUAAGGAUGAAGAGUAUUGCAAUGGAGAAGAAGACAGUUUGUGUGGCAACAAUGGCAGCAUUCAGUUGGAUGACUUGCCCCUGUGUCUGGCUGCCGCUCAGAAGUUGGUGGAAUAUAUUAAGUUCAAUUUUAUGGAGUGUGACAUGGCUCUUUCAGCAACAAGAUCCUCCUGUACCAAAGGACUUGAUGUUGAAGUUCAUGCUGUUUCCCUUAGAAAAACUGCAGGUGAUGCUGUUGAUUUUGGCCUGAGCUUUGGGAACAUCCCUAUUUUUGGGGAUCCUAAUAUCAGAAAAAAGGGAUCAUCAAGGAAAAGGAGAGAGCAGGGCCCCAUCAUUGACGUGGGCUGUAUCUGGGUGACAGAGGUGAAAAAGCAAAGCCCAGCAGCCUGUUCCAGAUGUAUCAGACUCAGAGAUGAACUUUUGUCAGUAAAUGGACAACUGAUGGUGGGAGUAAAUGUCAGUGGAGCCAGCUACCUGGUUGACCAAUGCUGGAAUGGUGGUUGCAUCUAUUUGAUCCUUCUGCGCAGAGUCAAGCGAAAGGCACCCCCCCCUCCUUGUCACAGGGAAAGUGUCAUUAUUCCUAACAGGAUGGACCGCAGGGAAAACCAGCAGGACCAGCAGCAGGACAUUGUCGCUAAUGAUUUGGCAAACUACAAACGCACACGCAAGUUUGGUGUCAUAUCUCGGUUAUCCUUUAAUCGAGACCAUCGGGAACAUGCUGAAUCAGAGUUCCAAAGCUGCUACCGGACCUCUCCUUCUAACGAUGCAGGAGUCAGUCCUCCACUGGAGGACUCAGAUUGCAGCCAAGACGCCUCUCCUCAGAUAAGAACUAUUCAUUCAUACAAUGGAGCUGUUGCAACUCUGCCUGGGAGAAGUCAGAGUCAGAUGUUAGAACGCAAAAUGCAUUCCUUCCCCAGUCAAGCUUCAACCCAGCCCAGAGAGGGCAGCCACAUCUGGAAGAUGCAUAUGGUGAAGGGUAAUGAGGGUCUUGGCAUCCAGAUAACAGGGGGACGUGGCUCCAAACGUUCUUCCCAUGGCAUCAUUAUUGCUCGUAUAGAGAAGGGGGGCGCUAUUCACAGGGAUGGACGUCUUCACGUUGGUGAUGAAUUACUCAUGGUGAAUGGUCAGUCUCUAAUGGGACUCACACAUCAGGAGGCUGUUUCUGUUCUUCGCUCCACUACUGGUGUCGUCCAGUUGGUGGUAUCAAGCUGGGAUGAAUUGGAAGUGGAUUUUGAGCACUUCCCUUCCACAAGCCUUCCAGACAUUAUCAGCACCUGCAGAUCCUCUUCGUCCCUGUUUCAGGAUGCACCCCCGUGCUCUUCCCAGACCCUCAGCAGCACCAUGGGUCUCCACAACUCCUCACAAUUAUCCAGCCUGGAGAACCUGGAGGAGUUAAAUCAGGGGAAGGUGUCAGAUGGAUGUCACUGCAGCCCUACAUCCAUGAAGCUUUCCACCCAAGGUGGCAGUCGGCUGGAAUCAGUAGGGGAGGACGAUGAGCUGUUUGUGGAGAACAGCAUAAGUGGUGGCGAGGUGGCAGAGAAACCUCCGCCUGGCCAACGCAAACACUCCUUACCUCAGCAGCUAGAUAACGCUGGAGUGAGACAGGAAUAUCAGAUAAUUAAGAAAUCCGCCCGCUCCCUGAGUACCAUUCAAGUAGAGUCUCCAUGGCGACUGGCACAGCCAUCCAUUAUCUCCUGCAUAGUCCUGAUGAAAGGCCAGGGGAAGGGCCUUGGGUUCAGUAUUGUUGGUGGACAGGACUCAGCGCGUGGACAGAUGGGCAUUUUUGUGAAAACUAUUUUUCCUCAUGGAGCUGCAGCAGCUGACGGGCGACUGAAAGAGGCUGUCCCCUGGCUCCUCCUUUUCCUUCUCACACCUCCUAUGUGCAUAUUUGUAAAGGAAAAAAACACAGCAAAACAGCAUCACCUUUCAGAGGAACAUUCCUAGUGAUGAAGUAAGUCA